GCAGAAUAUGGUCCAAGCGCUCGCAGGGAAGCCGGAGGAGGACGGAGCUGUCGCCGCCGUUGCUGCUGUCACCGGGUCGGAGGAUCAAUAACGAAGGGGAGAAAGAGAGAAGAAAAUGCCAGGCUCCACGUAGAGUGAUCGGCAAGAAAGAAGGCGAAGGAUUACUGUCCCCGCGAUCAGCUUGCAUGGGUUUUUAAUCAAUGAAAUGUUUGUGUAUCUUCCAUUCCACCGGCUCGUUCCCCAGUAAAUGAUGAAGAAGCAGUUCAAUCGGAUGCGACAGCUCGCCAACCAGACGGUGGGCAGAGCUGAAAAAACAGAAGUAUUGAAUGAAGAUUUGCUACAGGUAGAGAAACGACUGGAGCUGGUAAAACAAGUCUCUCACAGCACUCAUAAAAAGCUUACAGCAUGUCUCCAGGGACAACAAGGUGUGGACGCCGACAAACGAUCCAAAAAGUUACCAUUAACAACAUUGGCACAGUGUUUAGUGGAAGGCUCUACUAUCCUGGGUGAAGACUCUUUGCUGGGGAAGAUGCUGAAGAUGUGUGGCGACACAGAGGACAGGCUAGCCCAGGAACUCAUCCUGUUUGAGCUACAGAUAGAAAGGGAUGUGAUAGAGCCAUUGUUUGUGUUAGCUGAGGUGGACAUUCCCAACAUCCAAAAACAGAGAAAACAUUUAGCAAAACUAGUAUUGGACAUGGAUUCAGCUAGAACACGGUGGCAGCAGUCUUCAAAGUCAUCGGGAUUGUCGAGCAAUCUGCAGUCAUCUGGUGCCAAGGCUGAUGCACUCAGGGAAGAAAUGGAGGAAGCAGCAAAUCGUGUGGAGAUCUGCAGGGAUCAACUGGCAGCGGACAUGUACAGUUUUGUGGCCAAAGAAAUAGACUAUGCAAAUUAUUUUCAGACACUAAUAGAAGUGCAAGCAGAGUAUCACAGGAAGUCAUUAGUACUUUUACAGAGCAUACUGCCUCAGAUCAAAGCUCAACAAGAGGCUUGGAUAGAAAAGCCUUCCUUUGGCAAGCCACUGGAAGAACAUCUUGCAAUAAGUGGACGUGAAAUUGCAUUUCCAGUUGAGGCCUGUGUGACAAUGUUACUGGAGUGUGGCAUGCAGGAAGAGGGUCUUUUCAGGGUAGCUGCUUCUGCCUCCAAACUGAAGAAACUAAAGGCUUCACUUGACUGUGGUGUGUUGGAUGUGCAAGAAUAUUCUGUGGAUCCUCAUGCUGUAGCAGGAGCUCUUAAAUCGUAUCUUCGGGAACUACCAGAACCUUUGAUGACAUUUGAAUUGUAUGACGAGUGGAUACAGGCAUCAAAUAUCCAGGACCAAGACAAGCGGCUUCAAGCAUUAUGGAAUGCAUGUGAGAAGCUACCCAAGGCAAAUUAUAACAAUUUCAGAUACUUGAUAAAAUUCUUAGCCAAACUAACAGAAUACCAAGAUGCCAACAAAAUGACACCCGGUAACAUGGCUAUAGUCCUGGGGCCCAAUCUACUCUGGACAGCCAAUGAAGGGUCCAUGACUGAAAUGAUGACAACGGUUUCCAUACAAAUUGUGGGGAUUAUUGAACCCAUAAUUCAACACGCUGAUUGGUUCUUCCCAGGAGAUAUUGAAUUUAAUGUCACUGGAAGCUACGGGAGCCCAUUACACACCAAUCAUAAUGCAAACUACAACUCUAUGCCUUCUCCGGACAUUGAUCACUCUGACCGCAAGCAACAUGAUCAGGCAAGGCGACCUCUCAGCGUUGCUACUGACAACAUGAUGCUGGAAUUUUAUAAAAAGGAUGGCCUUAGGAAAAUACAAAGCAUGGGUGUGAGGGUAAUGGACACAUCCUGGGUGGCCCGCAGAGGCUCGUCCAUUGUCCGAAAAACAUCCUCCACCCCACCUGGCACACAACCCCCUCCUCCGCCCACCGAACUCGCUGCUUCGUGUCAGUCGCCAAUCCCCGAGCAGUCUGUAGAAAAUUCCACUUCUCCCUCCCCCACUCCUCCACCUAGUGGCCCACUAUCAGGGGCUGAACGAGCAAGCGCAGAUGAGUUGUCUUCCAAUUGGUCGGAUUCCUGUUACUCUUAUCCUUCCCCAGAGGAUGACAGACCUACCCCGUAUCCUUGCUCCCAGCAUGCCCACCAUUUCUACCAUAAGGCUCAGCCAUCUGCUCGGCCUGAGGCUGUACCCCAAGCCUCAUCCCCUCAGAGGUGGUCUGGGUACAGCCCAACCUUGCUCACUCAGCCUCCUUCCCCACAGCAGCUUGACAUCAACUCUAACCCUAAGCCGUGCUCCCUUCACCUCCCUAAGCAAGGCUCCCCUACUGACUCGCAUGUAUCUGAAACUAAUGUCUCACCUGUCUACAUUAAAACCCCUCUUCUCCUAACCAAGCACGACCCCUAUUGUACCCCCUCCAACCCUUCUGUGUCAGCCUCUCCCCCAUGGGUCGGCUGCGCCUGUGCCAGAGACAAAGGAACCAGGCUGACUAGUGCAAUGAAAGGCAAAGAACUCUCGCCUGUGAUUGGACAGAAAGGCAGACCCGUUUCUGACCAUGUGACUUCCUCCAGCAGCCUGCAACAAAACAUUGCCACAAGUCAGCUGCCGAGCGAGCAGAGUCCCCACACAUUGCGGAAAGCUGCAAAGAAGGUGGUGCCAUUACCGUCCAAAAUCCCAUUUGAUCAGGCGACAGGCCAACCCUCCCCCGCUAGCCUUUCUCCGACCCCUCCAAGCACUCCAUCACCAUAUGCUGCAAACUAUCCCCAAGCCUAUACCUUGCCACCAAGCCAAACCCCCCCAGCUGCACCAUCCCUGUCUUCUCCUCCAUCCCAAACAAGCACUUUAACUAAAUCUAGACCCACACUGAAGCCUAGACAAAGACCCACACUUCCACCUCCACAACCUCCUACGACAGGCCUUUCUGGGCCCAGUCCACAGCCCCUGGACCAUACUAUUUUAGACAACCUGUCAGCUGGAGAAAGCAUGUCUACAGAUAUGGGCAAUCCUGAUCCCUCUUUUAUACAGUCAGUAGAGGUGUAUGACAUGCUCUACACUGAACCUUCAGACCAAAUGUGCACAAACUCUGUUGCAGACUUUAGAGUAAGAGCAGAUUCCGAUGAGGAGUCAGAAAGUACUGUCCUAUGACAUAAGAACACUUCAUUUGUGGGACUCCGGCUGUACAUACAUUACAUCUACAGGAUGGUGGACAUCUCUCCACAUAUAACUGCAAGAAAAAGCUGCUUCCAUUAACUGUGGGAAUGAAUAAAUCUGUUUUGGUUGGGUAAUGUUUGUCAGCCCUUAAAAUACUAUUUUGUUGUCUGGGAUCAAUGUUUUCUUUUUUAAACUUUUUAUUUAGACUUACUGAAUCAUUUUUCUUAAAAAAUACUUGGCCUUUGAACCUGACACUUAAUUUGAUUCCUGUAUUUUCAGAAUUUUAUAAUACCUAAUAAAAAUGCCAUAUCAACCAGCAAUGCUUUCAGACUAGGUAUUUAUGUAUCCCAUCUGCAAGGAAAUUGUCUUUAUGGGAAUGGUAGUUUGAGCUUCCACAUUUGGCAAAAACCUGUAAUUCUUCACAGUAAAUGGAUUCCUGCAACCAGGAGGUCAGAAUCUUGAGUUUAAAAAUCCUUCCAUCGACAGAAGAAAUUCCCUUUCCUUUGUACAUUGGAAUGAACUGAUUCUUAAGGCAGAUAGAUAGGUGAGCCAAAAAAAAGUAAAUUAAUGAAUGAAUAGAGAAAUUAUCAAAAAAAUGAAAAUAUUUUUUCUUGUCUGAAGAAACCUUCAGUGCCCAGGAGAUGGAGGAGGUACACUCAGGAUAAGUCGACAAGCACUGUUAGUAAGAUACUGAACUGUUCUAAUGCAUACCCACGGCACCAGCCAGUCAAAGAUUUUGACCCCCUGCAGUUUCACAAUACAGAAUUGCAAGCAAAAUCUAUUUCUAAAAGUGAUUAUUCACACAAAAUGAAAACAAGACUUUAUUUUCAUUGUAAUAUAAAAGAAAAUAUAAUUCUGCAUCCUGUUGUACACAUCCUAGUAUUUGUUUAUACCAUUCAGAGGAGAAAUGCGUUAAAUGCAACAAUAUAGUUUAAAUUUGUAUAAUAUGUGCACAAAGCCUGACAGUUGCCAAUUAUUCUGAAAGUAAUUUUAUCCAGAGAAAGAGGAAGAAAGUUGUCAUUAUUGUACUUCAGUCUGUAUGUGGAUGAUGACUAUUACAAUGGAUUGUUGUGGCUGUAAAACUUUAAUUGUUAUCAUGCCAGAAUACCUUGUAUGAAUAGAAUUUAAUUAAUGUCCAUGUAAAUGUUGUAUUAAAAAUAUACUGUGUAUUUAAGGGAAUGGGACUAGACUGGCAAUUGGUUAUGUGGCUAUUGCCUUUGUAAUGUACAGGGUCUAAUACAUUGCUCAGUGCAGUGACAUUUUAAAUGAUCAUAAAGAGUGUAGAGUUAUGAGAGAACAUAAUAUAUCUGUUAUAUAAACACUUGUUUCAUGCAUUAUGUUUCACUGAAAAAUAUAUAAUUAUAGUGCUUUAAAAUACAAUUCUUGAAAUUAGAGGGCUUAGUGGCAAUGUCUGAGAAAUAGUGCUGAUUCCCUCAUCUGUGGUUUCUUGUCUAAAACCUGAAGAAAAACUGAACUGAAAAUAAAGUAAAAUAUUACAAAAUGUAGAGCAGACUUGAUGUGUUCUGGAAAAAUGUUUCAAUUUCAUAUCAGCAAAAAAAUAAAAUGUACAC